UGAUUUGCCUAUAUGUUCUUGGUCAAGAUGUUCACAUGGACGCCUGAAACCACAUCGUCGUUAGAAUACAAUGCCCAGAUAGAGUUGUGAUAGUUGUUUGCCAGUAGGAUUUCAUGGAUUCAAGGCUAUACAGAGUUGCAAAAUCAGGAAAUGUUUAUAUUCUCCUUCAACUUCUCAAUGAAAAUCCAAGGCUACUUACCAAACUUACUCCACAAGGGAAUACACCUCUCCAUAUUGCUGUGCAAUUUGGACAUAAAGGAGUUGUCGUUGAAAUCUAUAAUAGAUGCAGGUCUCUGCUUACAAGGCCGAAUUCGAGUGGAGACAGUCCUCUACAUGUUGCUGCAAGGUGUGGACACUUCUCUAUUGUUGAUUUUCUGGUGAAAGAAAUUCUGUCUGCAAAAAGGAUAAGCACUGAAAAUGGAAAAACUGGCAAGUUUGACAUACUGAGGCAGGGAAACAAGGAGAAUAAUACAGUUUUACACGAGGCUGUUAGGAACGGUAAUAUGAGUGUCGUAAAGUUGUUGCUCAGGGUUGAUACUAAGUUGGCCUGUUUUGAAAAUUAUGCUGGCGAGUCUCCGUUGUUUCUUGCUGCUAGAGAAGGGAAGAAGGAUGUUUUGAAUCAGAUUCUGAUAUCAAAUCCAGCUUCAGCUCAUGGGGGAUCAGAGGGCCACACUGCUUUGCACGCUGCUGUGAUAGAGAGACAUUCAGAUAUCAUGGAGAUCCUUCUGAGAGCUAAACCACACCUCAUCACAGAAGCUGACCAUCAUGGCAGGACCGCACUCUAUUAUGCUGCAUCCCUUGGAGACCGCAGGGCGGUUGAAAGAUUGCUGGAAUUUGACGAGUGUACUGCAUAUGUAUUGGAUAAAAAUGGCCAUUCACCCCUUCAUGUUGCAGCCAGGAAUGGUCAUGCCGAUGUAAUAGAAAGAAUUAUCCACUACUGCCCAGAUUCUGGAGAGCUUCUGGACCUGAACGGGAGGAGUGUUCUUCAUUUUGCCGUUCUUAGUGGAAAAGUGAAUGUGGUCAGAUGUGUGGUGGAAAUAGCAGAGUUACAAUGGCUCAUAAAUCAAGCAGAUAAUGGUGGGAACACACCUUUGCAUUUGGCUGCUAUUGAAAGACAAACUCGGAUUCUGCGGUGCUUGAUAUGGGAUGAAAGAGUGGACCACAGAGCCAGAAAUGAAACUGGCCAAUCAGUCUUUGAUAUUGAUGGAUCUAUCAGAGAAUCAUGCUUUAUAUAUCGUUGUAAUAGAAUCAAAUGCGUAUUGAGGAAACUUAUCGUUGUAUCUAAUCGAAUCACCGGGAAAAAGAAUCCCCCAUGUGCAGACUAUAAAGAUUAUAAACUCAAUGGAAGAGAAAAAGAUGAGAGCAGAGAGAUUGAGAAUUAUUGCUACACAACCGUGUCUUCUAUUAAGUUGUAUGCAGUAUAAAUAUUAGUACAUCGGUAGACUUUUCUAUUUACAGAAACUUAGCAAUGUAAGGUAAGUCCAAUCAAUUACAUGUAUUACAAAGGGAAUGUCAAUUAAUCAUUCUAACUAAGGAAUGCAGUUGCUUGGGAUUA